AUUUGAUGGUUUUAGGAGCUUCAAAUGCAUUUUCUAAUCGAGGUGGCCUUUUUUUUGUGUUUUAAAUCUAAAUAGACAUUAAUUUAACUUAAAAUCCAAACAGAACUUAACAGUAUUAAGUAUUAAGGUUUUAUUUGGUUAUAUUUUUUGUUGUCUGUUUCAAUUUCUAUAUAGAAAGUAGACUAUUUUAUACAAACAUUAUUGCCUUCAAAUUGUUUUUAAAUAUUUAAAAUUUGAGUUAGUAAUUUUUUUAGUAUUUUUUUUUCCUAAAUGCUCUUCUUCGUCCAGAUUUUCAAUAUUCUCGAAUUUUGUGGAAUAAUUUUUUUUUAAAACAAAUCGAAAUUAAAAUAGGAUCACAAAAGGGGUGAAUUUCACAAUCAACCCGAUGGUCAUUUUGAAAUACAAAUUUAAUUUUACAAUCCAAAUUUUGGGGAACCAUGAAGAGUUCAUAUAUAAAUUUUCCAUCUUUAAAAUAAUUAGUUGCUAAUUUUGAAGUUUUAAAUAUUAAAACAAUUUUUUUGCUUAUAAAAACAAAAAAUUGUUUUUAAAAAUUUAUAAUAUUGUUUUAUGGUUUUCUAAAAACAAUUUUUAUAAAAUAAGUAGAUAUUGUUUUAAUCGAUUUUUUAAAAUAAAAGGAAACAUAAAAAUAAAAAACAAACAACCCAUUAAAAAAUAAUUAAUUUGAACAUCAUAUCAUCCCAUUUAUUUUUUCACAAUUUGAUAUUAUAUCGAAAAUUUUCAAAUAUGAUAUUUCUUUUAAUUAUAAUUAUUUUUCUAAAUCUUAUUUUAUUUUUUAUUUUUUAAAAUAUAUUAAACACCUUUAUUUUUAUAAAAUAAUAGAAAAUUAUUUUUUGUUAUUUAACUUAAAUUUUUUUUACUAUUUUUAAUAACAAGUUUUACAAAAUAUAACCAAACAAAUCCUUAAUUUUAUUAAUUAAGUGAAGAUUUAAGAGCUCUAUUUGAUAAAUUUUUGAAAGAAAAGAGUUUUUUCAAAAUUUGUUUUUAAUUUGGCAACAAUUGAAAACAUAGAAGAUACUUUUUAAGUUUUUACAUUAAAAAAAAAAAUCAUAUUUUAUAUUUGAGUUUUCAAAUACAAUUUUAUUAAUAAUUAUUAUUUUAAGAAAUGUUGUUAAAAGUGAUGUUUAUUUUUUUUUAGAGUCGAGUCCCAAUUUUACUUAGAGGAAAAAAUUUGGAGAAUAUGUAACAUGAACACGCGUCAACAUAUGGUUGGCUGUUCGUAAGGGAAUUUUACUGCCCGCCAAACACUAUAAUUUUAAAAGAAAAAUGCACCACAGUCCCGCGUUGUACGAUUGAAGGAGGUGAAAUUACCGUAAAGCCAAGCUUCCACGCGAAGCUUUUCAGAGAAGCUUAUUAGCCAAGGGCCCAAGAGGCAGCGUUCUUUGGGCGUUUCUGUCAUUGAUCGCUCACAUUUUCUUCGUGCUCAUACCUUUCUCACAGCAAUCGCAGUGUUUCUGUUGCGAUCUCUGUGAGCUUUCAGUUUCUAGAAAUCUGUUUGGCUGUAGAGAAAAGGCGGGAAAGUUAAAGAAGCUGGAGUUGUUUUACUCGCUGGGUUUUUUUUGUUUGGAAGCGGAGAAAAUGCAAUCCUGAAGUCGACUGGACUCGAUACAACUAAUUGGCUUAGCUGAGCAACCAAACGGAGUGUUGAUUUGCUUCUGUGAUUGCUUGGUUUCGAAGAAAGAGAUGGAGUGGAACAUUGAGAACUCCCCUGAUCGUGGCCUUCCCACUAAUAGCGGUGAUAUAAAGUAUCUCUCUGGGCUUAGCACUAUAUUGGUUGCCACCAUUCAAGAGGCAAAGGACAGGAUUUCACAAGUAGAAUAUAUUUUCUGCACCCAGCUCUUUCCAAAUAUCCAGUCGAAAUUUAAGAUUUAUUCUGAGGCAAUAAAGACAGUAGAAGAUGCAUGGAAAAAGAAAGAAAAUGAUCUCCUCCUCCAAAUAGAAAGCCUUAAGCUUGAAAAGCAGCAAGCCCUUGGAGAAAAUCAAUCUCUCAAGCUGGAGAAGGCAACAUUGUUGGAAGAGAAGGAAGAAAAAACAAAUCCACUUCUAACCAAACUACAAAGUUUAGAGAAGGAAGUUGGUGUUCUAAAACGGGAGCUCUUGCAGAAGUCUAAGGAAGUUGACGAGGGAAUGGAAUUGCAGAAUAAACUAAUUCAAUUGAUUGAGAAAAAAUCUUCUGCAAUAUUGACCAAGGGAAAGCAAUUGAAAGAGCAAGAAGAAAAGAAAAGUGAAGUUGUUGCCAAACUACAAAGUUUAGAAAAGAAAGUUGAUGAGCUACAACAGAAGCUUAAAGAAAAGACUGAAGAAAUAGUCAAGGGAAAGGAGUUGCAGGAAAAUUUAUUCAAAAAAAUUGAAUCUCAAGACUCAAAGAUGAUGAGUAAUCAAUUUCUGUUGAAUGAUCAUGAAAAGGAGAUGAAACUACUUAUUGAUCAAAUCAAACAUCUGAAGAAGAAUGCAGAUGAGCUCCAAACGGAGCUCCAGAAAAGAAAUGAAGAAGUGGUGGAGGGAAGAAAAUUGCAAGAACAUUUGCUCAAGCAGAUUGAUUUGAAUGGUCUGAAUAUGCUGAAGAAUGAACGACAGUUGGAGGAGCAUGAGAAAAAGGAAAAAAUGCUUCUAACCAAAAUUAAGGGUCUAGAAGAGAGGGUUAACGAGCUCCAGGUGGAGAUUAAUGGGAAGAGUAAUGAGGUGACUGAUGGAGGGGAGUGGCAUCAAAAUUUCCUCCAACAGAUUGAAUUGAAAUCUUCUGAGUUGCUGUCUGAGAAGAAGAAAAGAAGAGAUGUUGUUGCUGCUUAUAAAAAGCUGAAAUCUCAAUACAACUUUCUUUCCUCAAAGCUUGGUCUUACUACAGAAAAUGUGCUCACACCAGUCAAAAUAGAGGAGGAAAAUGAUUCUUUGAUGCAUCAUGUAAAUCCACUAAAUUCACCUGGUCCUGAGAAUACUAUUCCAGAAACUUCUGCUGCAGCUUGUGAAGCAAAUAAACAAAAGAAUGUGGUCAGUUUCCCAGAAAACUUGGAUAGUGUCAAAAGAGUUGGUUUAAUUCAAAGCUCAAGUUGCCAGUCCCCUUCUAGUUCUGGUUCCGCUGGAGCAUCAAAAUGCACCACCAACUUGAAUUCUAGCUCACUGGCUGGCACAAAGAGACCUUCGUCUUCUUGGAGAGAUACCAGGUCCCGUCAAUGCCAAGGUGGGGCUGACCCACAUGAUGAUUUUCUUGAUACUCCCUUGGAGAAUAUUAAAGGGAAUUUAAACAAGGCCAAGAAGGAAGAAUAUCAUGAUCUUCCAGUCGCCAUUCCAAAAGACAUGAAUUUUGAUAGCUCAGAUGAUGAAACGCAGGAUGUGAAUGUAGAACCCAGCCAACAAAAGCAGCCCAUGCCUGCACCCAAGCCUGGUACGAGAGUUUUUAAGUAUGUGGAACCAGUAAGAACCAAAGCAGAACGGGAAAAUUUGCAAGGAAUUGAAUGCAAACAAUGCAAGAAAUUCUAUGAUGCUGUUCUUCCCAAAGAUGGAAAUAAGGACACUGAUGGCAAUAAGCGGAAUUUUCGCUGUGAGCAUCAUGAGGGAGUUUCUAGGCAUCGGUAUAGGUAUGUCCCUCCAAUGACUCCAGAAGGAUUUUGGAAUAUUGGAUUUGAUUCUGAAAUGUGAAUUUUUGAGCUACAACAGAUUUAUUUGAGCUAUAGCAGAAUUUGAUAUUUAAUUCUAUUAUUUGCUGC